GCGACAAUCCCCCAAACGACACCCGCGGCGAGAUGGUCCUCGCCGCCUACGGCAGCUCGCUCUCGCGCGCCAACACCGAGGAGAGCUCGCUCGACACCCUGACAAAGACCACCAUCCCGUACAAGGACCAGGAGCGCAAAUGCUCCUCGUUCCCUCCGCCGCUGAAGGACAUCCGCUUCACGAUGGCCACGUACAUCACACUGACGCAGCUGCUUGGCUUUGCGGGCAUCUUCUUCGUGCCCUACUGCAAGGUCGCCACCAUCUGGUGGGCCUUCAUCCUCUGGCCAAUCACCGGCUUUGGCAUCACCGGCGGCGCGCACCGGCUGUGGGCGCACCGCAGCUACAAGGCGUCCUUCGCCUACCGCUUCGUCGUGAUGCUGGUCAACUCGUGCGCCAACCAGGGCACCAUUUUCCACUGGGCGCGCGACCACCGCACGCACCACUUCCACUCGGAGACGGUGGCCGACCCGCACGACGCGAUCCGCGGGUUUUGGUUUGCGCACAUGGGGUGGCUGUACCUCAAAAAGGACCCGCGCGUGGCGGAGGCGGGGCGCAAGGUCAAUGUGGACGACCUGAAGGCGGACUGGCCCGUCAUGUUCCAGCACCGCAACGACCCGUGGUGGAACUUUGUGUGGUGCUUCUUCAUCCCGGGGUUUGUGGCGCAGCUCGCGUGGGGCGAGACCUUCUGGAACGGCUUCUUCGUGCCGGGCUGCCUGCGGUACGUGUGGGUGCUGCACUGCACGUGGAUGGUCAACUCGGGCGCGCACCUGUGGGGCGGGCGGCCGUACGACCCGCAGAGCAACCCCGCGGAGAACAAGCUCGUCGCCAUCCUCUCGAUUGGCGAGGGCUGGCACAACUGGUGA